AAAAAAUGAAAUAUGUUUUAUAUUUCAAUACAAUCUAAUUUAAGGACAUGUAUAAUGAAUUACCAAAUGCAAUUUAAUUGAAAGAUUGUGUAAUCAUCAUUAUGGAAAUCAAGGAGUGGCUUAUAUCUCUAAUCCAAAAGAAAUUCUUGAAAAUAAUAAUAAAUUGUUGACCACAUUAAAUAUAAUACGACCAGCUUACUAAAACAAUGGCAUCUGUUUAUGUAUAAAUAUACAUCCAACAAAAUAAAUAAAAAUGAUUGAUUAAAACAAAAUUAAACCCUAGAAACAAAAAAAAACAUGACAAGGAAAAAAAUCAAGCAUGAGCAAAUCGCAAACGAAAGCAAGAGAAACGCAGUUUUCCGAAAAAGGGUAGAGAGUUUGCUCAAGAAGGCGAACGAACUCUCGAUCCUUUGCGGAAUCGAGAUGGGCAUAAUAGUCAAACGGGGAGAAGAUAAUAACCCGAACAACGCUAACCCUAUUUUUUGGCCUUCCCCGGAAGUGUUUACGGAGAGGCUCCACAAAUUCACCAACUUUUCGAAUUUCGAAAUAUCCAAAAAAAUGGUGACAAAGGAGAAAUACAUGGAGCAGGCGCUGAAUGCCGAGAAAGCGAUUCUGUCGAAAUCGAAAAAAAUUAUCGAAGUGAAAGAGUCUCAAGAAUCGAUCAAAGAAGCAAUGAAAGGUAUGUGUAUCGAUGAAAUCGAUACAUCUCAUUUGAAUGAACUCAACUUGUUUGUAGAUGAGAUGUUGACGAAACUAGAGCCGAUGGAUUUGUUGGAGAAUAUGAAGAACGAUGGUUGGUUCAUCGACACCAUGGCCGAGAGGCAAGAGGAAGAAGUUGUUGCCGGUUUUUUUGAAGUGCCGUGGAAUAAUAUUAUCGGUGGCGGCGAUGAUGAGACAGCUGGCACUUCUUCGGCUGCUUCGCCUGCUAACGGAGGGUUUCAGUAG